AGUGUGCAAUUGCGUAUGUGCACGAAUGCGCAAUAGUGAGUAACGUAGGAACAAAUCAACAAAUUUAGUUUUGGUAGUUUGGUCGAGCAUUUAUUCUCAAAAAUGAUAAAUUCAGCAAAUGCGAUCGCUCACCAGGUGAGAAGGUUUACAACGAGCGCGAUUCGUAGGAGUGCUCAUCACGAUCCUUACGACGGUGUUCCUGGAUACAACUUUCCCUUCAGCACGAAAAAUAGGCACUUGCUGCUACUUGGGUUUAUGAUUUAUUGCGGCAGUGGAUUUUCCCUUCCCUUCUUCAUGGUCCGUCAUCAAUUGAAAAAAUAAGCUUUUAGUACGUUGUGUCGCCUUGCGAGUCAGAUUACAUGACUGCAUCGGAUUAGUAUAAUAUCCUAUAUCAAUGCUGUGAGCAGUUUAUGUACACUAGGAUAAUGUAAUAGGAAAUGUAUGCGUUUGUAAUAAAGAUGAUUUAUUGAUAUCUGAUAAUGU